AUGGCUUGGCAAACAGAAUUAAAGCAAAUACGCGCUGAAAUACAACAGCAAAUACAGGGUGAUACGACAUUAUGGCGUGAUGAGUUAACAAAAAUGCGUGAUGAAUUUCGAAGAACAUGCGAUGAAAUGAAAAAGAGCAUAAAGAGUGAAACCGAAGGGGAGCUGCAAAAAUUACGCGAGGAAUUCCAAAAAACAUGCGAUGAGGCCAAACAAGAAUCACAAACAACUUGUGAAGAAACGAAAAAGACCAUAAAGAGUGAAACGGAUGAAGAUCUUCAAAAAAUACGCGAUGAUUUGCGAAGAGUUCACGAUGAACGGCGAGAUGAAUCACGAGCAGUAAUCUUGUUAGCGUCAAUCCCCACUUUACUUUUCAUCACACAUUCGAAGUUUUCAGGACUAGUUCUGCUAGUUGCAUCAAUUGGUGCAUUAUUGGUGAUGUCUGUGCAAUGUGCGACAGCUGGAAUGCGCGUCGUAUUAGGUGAAGAUGUGAGUAUAACGUUUGGAACUGAUAUCAAGAACGUUAGUGUGAACAAUCCAAAUUCCAACAGACGCGAGCCGAUCAUCAAAAAUGGACAUUUAACUGGUCUAGGUCUCGAAAUGUUCAAAAAUCGUGUUAAGUUCGACAAGGGAACGCUGACAAUAACUAGCCUGAAGGAGAAUGAUCCAGACAAUUUUUACUUCUUUCGCAACGGAUAUCCAAUGGUGAUAAGUCUUAUUAAAAAAUCAAGAAACUGA